AUGGAUCUCGAUGGGCCAAACGAGAACCCGUUAUGGGUCCAAAGGGUCAACAACUACAGCGAUGCAGAGAGCGGAAAGUCUUCUGAUGAUUGUUUUAAGGAAUGGGAUAUUCACGGGCACAUCAGAGGAGUGGUGAAGGAACAGGGAAUAACAAGACUCUUCCCAGUACAAGAGAAGAUCAUCCCACUGUUGCUAAACAAUAAGUAUCGCGAUAGGUAUUCUCCUCUAUCCUGCGAUUUCAUCAUCACUGCUCCUACUGGUAAUGGAAUCUCUCUGAUCGUCAUUGCUCCCACUAGAGAACUUGUGAAGCAAAUUUACGAAAUAUGUACGUGGUUCACGACCGAUGAUCCAAAGACUUACAAUAUGUAUGGAGGAGAAGUAUUGAGGGUAAUUUGCUGCUACGGUAACAAAUCGUUUACCGAAGACCACAAGAUUUUGAUGAAUAAACCUCCUCACAUUGCCAUAUUUACCCCUGGAAGAUUUGUGGAACAUUUUAGCUACUUUGAUGUUUCAGAGUCGAAAAUAAAUGUGUCAACUGUCAAGUGGAUUGUUAUGGAUGAAGUUGAUUUGCUCUUAUCACAAACAUUUCACAAUUGGACAGGUGUUGUAUCAAAUAUUUUUAAUGAGGAAAAGGCAGUAAACUAUAGUCUGCAAUCUACUCUUCCACAAAAAAUCUUGGUGUCCGCUACGAUACCCAUUAAAUCCUCAGAAAUUGACCUUUUAAAGCUCAAUCGUCCGCUUUUAUUCAAAGCGGACGACGCUAUAUAUAAAAUCCCAAAGAAUUUGAAACAGCAUUACAUCUUAUCUUCUAAGCGAUCUAGGCCUAUUCUCAUCAUUAAAUUGCUUUAUAAAAUAUACACAGAAGAAUAUUCUGGUAUUAACAAUACCCUAGUAUUUUGCUCGAAAAGGACGACUACGCACAGGAUAGCUCGCAUGCUUCAAAUUUACUUUAAUGACAAAGACAUCAACUUCCGAGUGCUGGAAUUCAGUGCGUCGUUUUCCCAGAAACUCAGAAAUGAGAUUAUAGAAAAAUAUCGCAAUGAAAACAACAUAUGUCUGAUAUGUUCCGAUAUCGCAUCAAGGGGUGUAGAUUUAUCAAAAACCUCUGUAGUUGUAAAUUACGAUUUCCCAAAGAAACUGGCUACAUAUAUUCACAGAAUUGGAAGAACUGCCAGGGGUACAUUUGGAGGAGAAUCAUACGUAUUUGUCUCUAAACAGGAUGAGAACAAGUUUGGUCUCUUUACAACCAAGCUGAAUAUGAAGGAUACAAUUGAACAAGUAGAAGAUAAUACACUUGUGGACGAGGAAUUGGAUGCCAAAAUACGCGGUAGUUACCAAAACCUAGCUGAAAUGGUUGAAAAGUGCAUUGGCCUAGAGAAUGAUGGGAACAUCCCAUUCAACACCAGCAUUGAUGACCAUAUGAAUUUAAUACUCAAUUAG